AAUCAGGUGUUCGGACUGUUAAACAGCGCUGCUAAUCAUCUGCCUUGGGCGCCAGAUAAUAAUGGCUAUACAAGUUUGCUUAAUGAGUGAUCAUGAAGAGCAAAACAGUUCGGGUUGAGUUGUAAUUUGUUUAUUAUGCUUUAUCAAUGUGAUUAGCGACGCUAUCAUGUAUUGAUAGUUUUAGCCGCUAACUCUUCGAGCGCUGAGCAGAGCAGUAAGAAGACUCGCUCGCAUCACUUCACCGUUAUUUCCCGAGAUCGGCUUCGAGAAGAAAGUUUAAAGAAAAAAAAUCUAUCACUUCAAAUGCUUUAGUCUUUAUGACAGGUUUCCGUGAUGUAUUGCCAUUGAUUCCAGCCAGUCGUCUCUUUAUUUUUAAUUCAUCAUGGAGAAUUUCACCGAUACUGACGAGGAGCUGUUGAGAUUUUUUGAGGAGUACAAGAAUUCCCUGUACACUUAUGACCACCCGGAAAAAAUUGCCCUCAUUUCAAUGUAUGUGAUUAUAUUCGUAUUGGCCCUGGUGGGGAAUUCCCUUAUUCUACUUAUGGUGUGCUUAAAAAGAAGUACCCGGAAAAACAUCACAAAUUUCUUCCUCGUCAAUUUAGCAGUGGCGGAUCUAUUGGUGACACUGGUGUGCAUACCCUUAACAGUAGGGAGGCAUGUCUACACUCCGUGGAUGUAUGGAGAGUUCCUUUGCAAAGCCAUGGAUUUUGUGCAAGGUGUAUACGUGGAAGGCAGUGUGUUGACCAUUGUAUGUAUGAGUGCAGAACGAUACUUAGCCAUCAGACACCCUAUCAAAGCCAGAGUCUUCUGCAACGCCUCAAAAGUCAAACAGGCAGUCGUGGUCACGUGGGUGACGUCCAUAAUUGUUAUGUGUCCGUUGGUGAUGUACAAGAGACUCAAGGACCUUCCGUCUGAACUGGACAUAACGUCAAUCCAAUACUGCAUAGAGACCUGGCCAUCGAAACAGGACCAGAUGAUCUAUAAUAUCUUCCUGUUGUUCAUCAUUUACAUUAUUCCCGGGCUAGUAGUUAUGGUGCUUUAUUCACUGAUCGGUUUCAGUCUCUGUCGUAAAGACGACCGCUUGCAGCGCUCCAACUCAAUGGUGAACGGUCAAUACGACGAUCGCGUCAUGGUCAACAGACGGCGCUUGGCGCGUCUCCUUAUCAUUCUCUCUGUGCUUUUUGCACUCAGCUGGAUGCCGUACUUUCUAUUGAGUUUAUUCCUGUACUUAGACUUAAGUGUGGAGAGUCAGCAGAUAAUGAAUCAAAUUUACCCCUUUGCGCUGCUCUUGGGACAUUCCAAUUGCGCCCAGAAUCCAAUAUUGUAUAGCUUCAUGCAUAAAGGAUUUCAUAAGUUUACAUCGCAAAUAUUUCGCUGUCGAUGUGAUAAAGUAAACGAGGGACGACUUGUAAGUAGUAUUUGUAAGAUCUCUGCUAUUAGCAAUAGCUUCUACAUUUCCCCUCCACAAAGCCACUGUAAAUUGAAAACCAAAUGGGAAUUCCGUAAUUUUUAUAAGUGUAUACAACAUUCAGAUAUCAAUGUGUCCGCGUACAGCUGUCAUCUUAAAUGCGAUCUAAAUCCCCUGCCAUUGUUCAAAUAUAUAGCGAAACGAUUCUAAUUUGUUUUGCAGGGAAGUUUUCCCAGCAAAACCUGGCAAUUAUUUUCACAGAUACAAUUUUAUUUUUUUUCUAACUAUCCCUCGAAUUAAUUCUUAAAUGACAUCGUCAAUCAGAUUGAAUAGAAUUCCCAUUUGGACUGGACAUCUUUUUUCUGAGUGUUUUGGGGAUAUAAUAGGAGAUAACGGAAAGAAAUAAAUCAU